AGCGGUUCGUAUUGGUUGCUACACGGGUCACGUGAUCGCUUUACAGCAGCAAAUAGCAACAACUGUCAUGGCGGAGGUAACAGCAAAGGCAGAUUUCAUGUGAUGUUUGUGUUUGCUGAAGAUGAUGGCCCAAAGCAUAAUUGACAUUUUAAACAAAUACGCUAAUAUUGCGUAAAGAAUUAAAUAUAAGAAAUAAAAGUAUUGCCUGUUUCUCACAUCAAAAGAAUAUUGUACUGUGAUUGUAUCAAAGUGAGAGGCAAGUAUAAGAGAAAACCAUGAAUCGCUAUGCAGUAACAAAGCAGUUGGGAGAUGGAACAUACGGAAGUGUCCUUCUCGCCACAUGCAUCGAAACCAAUGAGAAGUGUGCCAUUAAAAAAAUGAAGAAGAAGUACUACUCGUGGGAUGAAUGUUUGAAUCUCAGGGAAGUCAAGUCAUUAAGAAAGCUGAACCAUGCAAACAUCGUCAAGUUGAAAGAGGUGAUUCGCGAGAAUGACCAGCUGUUUUUUGUGUUCGAAUAUAUGAAGGAAAACCUUUACCAGAUGAUGAAAGAUAGGGACAAGUUAUUCCCAGAAUCAGUCAUACGUAACGUCAUAUACCAAGUGCUACAGGGGCUUGCGUUUAUGCACAAACAUGGUUUCUUUCAUCGUGACUUGAAGCCAGAAAACCUGUUGUGUUCAGGGCCAGACUGUGUCAAGGUCGCUGACUUUGGUCUGGCGCGGGAAGUCAGAUCACGACCCCCUUACACAGACUAUGUCUCGACCAGAUGGUACAGGGCGCCCGAGGUGUUACUGCGAUCCACAAACUACAACAGUCCCAUUGAUAUGUGGGCGGUUGGGUGCAUAAUGGCAGAAAUGUACACACUGAGACCGCUCUUCCCUGGAAGCUCAGAAAUAGAUGAAAUAUUCAAAGUGUGCACAGUCCUAGGAACGCCUAAACAGGCUGACUGGGAAGACGGUUACCGACUGGCAUCAGCGAUGAACUUCCGUUGGCCACAAUGUGUUCCCCAGAACCUCAAGUCCCUUAUCCCCAACGCCAGUAACGAGGCGGUACAACUAAUGAAGGACAUGUUAAAUUGGAACCCACAGAAACGACCCACAUCAAGUCAGAGUUUGCGAUAUCCCUACUUCCAAGUGGGUCAGAACUUGGGCAUCACAUUACCUACCCCUGCACGGGCCCCGGUAAUACAGCCCCCAGCCCCCUCACAGCCUGCUUACCGCAACUCCCCAGACAAACCCCCUGCGCCUUCUCCCCAACACCAACAACAUGGAGCUGGGAAUGCGGGUCGAAUGUUCAACGAAAAACCAAAUGUCCCCAACCAGCAACAGCCCGUUGUGCCAAAUUACGGUGGGAAACACCAGAACAAUGAAGAUGAUGGUUUUCAAAUAUCCGUCACAAAGAAACAAAGUGCAAGAAAGCGGUGGGGCGGGGGUGUAUCUGAUACGUGGGACGAUUUUGAAGAUCUCGAUUUUGGUGUGCCAAGAAAACAGAAAGCGUCACCCGUGAAACCGUUACCUGGUAUAAAACAUGCCGAUAAAAAGGAGAAUAUGUUUAAUGACGAUGAAGAUGAUUUCUUAUCGAGUAUACUGGGUAAAAAAUCAUCGAAGGGCAAUCAAAGGGUACCAUCAGGAAGGUCAAGAGAGUCGUCAGCUAAGCAGCACUACAUGUCCAAAGCCAGAUAUUUGCCAGGUAUCAAUCCAAAGAGCAGCAGUCGCAAGGAGUCUGGUGCCCCUGGCCCCCUGGGAGGCACCAACUGGGGAAGCCCAACCCUCAAUAAGGGCAGCGGGAUGAACGUGGGGCGUGCCAACCAGGGUGUGGGCAGUAACGUUGGGUCACCAUCAUAUGUACCAUCGUUCUUGUCCAGUAAUAAACCAAACAAUUACUCCAAUGUAAGUUGGAAGCGGGCCCAGCCAGCCCCGAUAUCUUUAAACAAGAACUCUGCAGGCUACAGACAACCAGUCGGUGGUGCACAACCAGGACGUACUGACUGGGCAGCUAAGUAUUUGAAGUCAUGAUAGUCUACUUUUUCCAUCCUUCAUACAAACUUUAUUUCAUCAGGAACAAUCACUCUACACACCUUGUACAGACACAUCAAUACUUACCUCCCUUGCCUGCAAAAAAAAGAAAACCCAACAAAAACUGGAACUUUUUAAGUAUAAAUCCAUAUUGUUGGUGCAAAAUAUAUGUUUUAUGUUUUAAUUUAGACAUAAGUUUGGUAAUAAAUCAUCAUUCACUGUAGUAAUGUUGUUUCAUUAAAGCUGCAUUUUGUGUAAAUGUGAAAGCAUGUUACCAUGACAACUUUAUUUUUGUUGUUAAGGGUUAAAUUCAAAUUCUAUUUUGUAUAUAUUGUUAUAAGGAUAAAUGGAUGUUAAUUUUGAAAUCUGUGAUUUUAGUAACUGCAAAUCAUGGUGAUUAAGAAAAAAGUGACCUUUUGUAAUUAUAUUCUCAUGAAAAGUUUUUAUGUACAUGUAAACAAAGAGACCUCUCGUCUAUAAACCUGAGAGUAUUUAUUUAUUGUCAGAAACAUUAGAUCGUUGACAGGUUUUUUGUUAUUAAAGGGGCUAGACACCAGAUGAUCCCAAAAUCGGCAAAGACAUUAUUUCCACAAAACAAACCAAGAAUUGCCAAUACGAGCUCGCAUGAGGCCGAUAAUACAUCAUUUUACAUGAUUAAACGUAUAUUUUGUCUCUGUCUCAGCUGAGUUAAUCUGUUUAAAAUUAGAACAUAAUGGUUUUCCAGUAUAUAGUGUGUAUAUUUAGCAUGUGAAAGUCACAUGAUUAGUACAGAUGCAACACCCACGCUAUUUUUAAAUGAACUUGGAUUACGUGGUAGAAAACCCCAGUAAAUUUUGAAAUCGGAAAAAUACGCAAAUAAUUGCAAAAGAUACAUGUGUCGUAAGCGAUGUGAUACAUCAGUAAGUAAGAUUCAAUGCAAAGUUUUUGACAAUUUUCUUUUUUUAUUGCAAUUGUAUCAUCUGGUGUCUAGCCCCUUUAAGUCACAUUUGUGUUUAUAGCAUCAGUAUAAAAAUAACAUAUUAUUUUAUUUAAUCAAAAGACAAGAACAAAAGGCAAGUGGAAUUUUACUAGUUUAUUGAAAAAGGAAUCCAGCAUUUUUAAGUUCUAAGCUUUUACAUUGUUUUGUGUCUGUGCUAAUCUGUUAUGAGUUAUCGUUGUGUUUCCAUAUAUUCUUCCCUUGUGCCAGCCUUUUAGUAGAGGAUAUUAUAAAAGUGAUAGCAGUUAUUCGGUUAUUCUUUAAAGAGACUGUUUCAUGAAUUAUUAGGAUUGACAUAUUGUUUUUUAUGAGGAAAAGCAAUCCUUGCAUGAUCAAGAAGACUCCAUCAUAGGCUUUAGAAAGAGAACAACUUUUCAUAAAAAUUUAAAAAAAUGUGUCAGAAAAUUCCUGGUUUACCGAAACAAUACUGAAAUUGAAGACUUCAAACUUGACAUUGAAACAUACAAUAAACUAAUUUGGUAGGAUUUUUUUAUCUGUGACAAACACAAAAUAUGUCUGAGAGUUCCUUUUAGUUAAUUUAAAUCUAAAUAAUAUAUAAAAAUAUAGCAUAUUCUAUUAUGUUUGCUUAGUUCACUUACAAUGCAUUUUCAUGAAAACUGAAAAAAAUAGAAAAAAGUUCACUUUUGCACGAAAAUACACUUGAGAACACUUUAGAACAUGUGUAUUUUGGGACAAACUACAUAUGUUAAGCUCUUGUAUGGAUUGUUUGAAUGCUACUGUGCUUAAAAAUUGUGAAGAAAUCAUUAACAUUUUUGUUACUCGAUGCCAACUUUCAGCAUUUCAUAUUUAUAUUUUGUGUUUAUUCAAUAUUCUGUUUCUGUUAGUAUUUUGUGUAUGUAUGUUGUUUAUGUGUCUUGCCAGGUAGAUGAUAAUUUAUACUUUGUGUACAGGAAGGUUUAAGUUUGACAGGUUAAUAAAAUAAGUUGUUUCAAUUAAUCUGUAACCUUAAGUAUCAGAAGUUGUAUAUAAUUAAAAGGCCAUUUAAGUUUCAUUGAUUUUUUUUUCGGUUUUUAUUUUUGUAUAUUUUAAAAUUGAAUAUCUAUGCUUAAGUAUAUGAUAUUUAUGCAACAGUCUUAAGUAAUAAAAGGGUUUUACAAGAGAGGAAAUAGUGUGUAGCGUUCAUGUGGCUUUAAAUUACAGAAACUGAUUCGUCAAAUUUUUUUUUGGCUCGUCUGUUCUUGUUAAUUUUAAAAGAAAAGAAAUCAAUAUAAAAUCUUUAAAAUAAUUAACAAUGAACUAAGUAUGUCUGUUAUGUAACCAAUGACCAUAGGCAUAUUUAUAGCCAGGGCCCACAACUCUUUCUUGAAUAUUUGUAGAGUUAUGCCCAUCAACGAUUGGAGGAAGAAAACGAAGCAAAUGUUAGCAUCUACUAACAGUAUGCUCUGAUUCUGUUAUAAUAAAAGUGGUUUUGUUAUUUUGGAAUUAAUGAAAUUUUUCUUCUGUUUUUUCCUAGAACACCUAGUUAAUCCUCCUUUUAACCAUUUUAAAGAAAAGAAUCUUGUUUAAUACCAUUCUGUGUACAAAGUAUAUUUGUCAGGCUACGGCAUUAAAUCAGUCUGUGAUAGAUUAUAACUACACAUGUUCAUGUUCUAUGUAUUUGGGCUGUGGACUAGCCAUUUGAAACGCUAGUUCAGCUUUGUUUACACACAACACACAUUUAAAUUUGGUACAUAAUUGGGCAAGCAUCAGUUUUGGUCAUAUCAAGCAACAUCCACCUCAGUAUAUGUCACUUACUGAAAUGUCAGAAUAUGUCAUAUCACAUCAUUACAAUCAUUUUCGUUGUAACCAAUUAAAUGUUAAAUCUCAUACUUAGCAUGAAAAGCACACAGUCACACACACCAUUUUCCAACUGUAAUCAAAUAAAUCCGUCCCCCACAAAUGUUGUUAAACUUUGUAUACUUGUAUUAAAUAAUACAGUUUGUUGUUGUCCGGAACAUAUUUAAGUGUCGUUCCCAAGAAUAUUUGACCCACAGACAGAGUUUAAAAACAACAACACUUGAAUAUGCUGUGUUCAGAGAAAAUUAAUAAGUUUUAUUACUAAUACUCUGUGGUCGCUGUUUUUGUCUACUGUAUUAAAACCCAAAUGUUCUGGUGAAAAGGGAAACCGGGGGGGCUUAUCAGUAGUUGUUUUGUAUUGAAGACUUUGUUUUGUAUGAUGGUGAUGUUAUGUAUUCUAAUUUGAAUGCUAUAUUUUGAAAUAUGAACCAUUUAUUUGUUUACACUUUACAAUAGUAAGUAAAGAAUAAAAAAGUAUCUAAA